CAAACAAAAUAGCUAUCGGCUCGCCCAAAAUCAAAUUCUUAUUUUCAAAUAAAUUUACAUUGUAUUACUUAAAUUGUAUUGAAAAGUAACUCGGACCAAAUGACUCGAACAUGGGACAAAUUAUACAUGCGAUUCUUACGACGACGACUAUGCACCCGUUUUUUAUUUAUGAUCAUAGUUUUUACGAUUUCCUUUUCAAUUUCUGUUUUAUUAUUCGGCGAUUUAAAAUCCCCUGUGGUGAUGCAUAUUACUGAUUUAGACCGCUGCCCGGCCUGCUACGGUGUAUCCGUUUGUCCGGAACUGUAUUCUAACCAGAUAAUGUUGGAAAGCGGCAACCAUUGGUCUCGCAUGUUCAACGCUAAGAAUGUAUACUACGGGUACACAAAAUCGAAUCGUCGAGUUGUUUUAAAGAAGUUAGCACAGAAUUGGGAGCUACAUGAGUUUGACUCGAAAUUGUGUAAGAGUUGGCAGUUAAAAGAUGACUGUAACCCAAGAGAUUUGUUAAAUUUGAGUAACAUUAUUAAUAAAAUCAAGGAUUUGGUUCAUUAUAACUUCAGCUGGCCAGAUACGGAGCCGAGGAAGGGGCUUGUGUUCUGCCCGUACUCUACAGGCAUCCUGGAUUUCAUAAAUACUAGUAACAAGAAAUUGACUGAUUCUAAAUCUGAUCUAAUCAAUAUAUGGACAAGUUUAAGCAUUAAUCCAGAACCCUUGAUAUUGAAGGUGAUCCCAAAAUCCAAAGGUUGGCCGGUCCCAGCCUAUGGAGGGGUGUGCGGCAGACUUGUUGUAGAGGCCCACGAGGGAGAAUCUUUAGCGUCCCUGCUGCAUGUCCCCUGGCAUCGGAAACUAAAGUUUGCCAAGAAGAUCCUGGACGCUGCUAUGGAUUUCACUUUUAAACAUGACAGAUUUCGCUUCUAUCUCAUGGACUGGUCUUUAGACAACAUAGUUGCCAACGAAAAGGACGACAUCUCUUUCGUUGACCUUGAAGAUGUUAUCAUCCUCGACAAACACAUCUACCCUGGAAAGGAUCUCCCGUCCUGGUACCAACGGUACAGCCGAGAGAUCAUGGGCUCCGGAUUCACUUUUUCCAUUGAAAACAUGUGUAAACACCAUUUGAGUGAUCAUAACCUUUGGGCUGCUUGCUACAUUUUAGCAGGAGAUGACAUGCCACUCUUGUAUCCAAUACCUAAGGAUGUCAAUGCAUACAGGCCUUAUUUAGACAAGCUUUUGAAAGGCUGUCUGAAUGGAGAGGACAGGUUUAGCAGUAUAACCAAGCUACAACAUGUUGUUAAAGAGAUGCUUAUGGAUGAAAAGAUUGUUGGUACCAUGACUGUGAGAUGAUAAUUAAAAAAGUAAGAGAAAUGUUAAUUCAAUUCAUGAUCUCAUUGAUUGCUGUUGUUGGUAAAUGAUUCUUCAUUUACUGAGGGGGCCUACUGCCAACAUCGAAUAUCGGUAUCUAUCUCUCUAUAGUUCGUUUUUUUUAGCAUUAGAAAGAACUUGAAAGAAGGUAAGCGAUCUUGACAUGUCUUUUAAACGCUUUUUAAAAAUCAAUAACUAUUACUUAUGAAAGCAGAAGAAUAUAAAUGAUCGUAUUAGAUUCAUAAUUGUUACAUAUUUGCUGUAACUUAUUUUUAAAAUGUGUUUUUCAAUUAAAAGACGCAUCAAGAUUGUUUACCUUAUUUCUAAUGCUAAAAAAACGAACUAUAGUAAAGUACUUUUUUAGACUUUUCUCUGGUGUUGAUACCUACGUCUGUAUCUUUAGGUAUUUAAAUAAAAGUAACCAAACAAUUUGUAAAUUUUCGGGUAGUUAGAAACAUUUAUUGGUUAACCGACCAAAAUACAAAACCGCCUAGAUCAGUCACUGAACGACCUGACUUUAACCUACAUUAUUUGAUCAUGUAAUGUUUUCAACUGGCUUAAGGAGCCAUUAGAGGGUACAUUUUGUUUACUUUUAUUUAAAUACCUAAAGAUACAGAGUAUAUGACGGGCCUUACGGGCACUAAAAAUGGUACUAGUUCAGCGGUGUCACUCACGAAUUCGAGCCAAUCGUGCAGUCUAACGCAACUAGUUGCGACCAAUCGCGCGCGUGAUGCGAACUCAUGAACCAAUCGCGUUGCAGCGGUGUCACACCGCUGUACUGGCCCCAUUCAUGCC